UCAGCCUCCAGCUUCAGGCUUCUCUCAGCUUGCGUGGGGGCAGGAGGGAUGCUGCUCCCCUUGGCGUCGGCGUGUGCACUGCUCCAGCUUUUCCUGCUCGCUGGAGCCAGGGGAGGCGGCCAGGAAUUUGCAUGUGGAAAUAAAAAUCAGCAUCUUGGGACGUCUGCCCUUCUCACCGGCCUUGCUCGGGCUGGGGGGCUUGUGUGCACCUCCCUGAUUGUGGCACUGGGUGCAUUGACACAGAUACGUGGAAGAAAGGAAAAGAGUGUAAAUGAAAUCAAACAGCAUUAAAUUUGUUGCCUGAUGUGUGACGUGAGAAUAUCCUUCUUUCUGUGUCUUUGUUCUCCUGUCCGUCAGAGGGGGAGAAUGCCCGUAACAAGGAGGGUUUGUGUGGAAACUGUGGCAUGCUCUCUGUGUUGUGCUUUCUUUUAUCCUGGGGCUUUGGGUCUCUUUGUAAAAACUGAUGACAGCAGAAGUGGGUCAGGUGGUCCCUGCUCAGAGCCUGUGGGGGAAUUCAUGGAUCCAGAGGCCUCUCACAUCCCCCAGAAGGGCUCAGAGAAGCAGGAUUGGGCUCUGGGGCACUGGAGGCAGCAGACCCCUCCCGUGUGCUUCUGGUGCUUUGCUGCUUUCCCUCGCUCUUGCUUCAACUCCAGACUGAGGUUUGCAGUCUGAGCUUCCCAAACUGUUGGGAAGAAGCUGCUUUCUCUCUCUGGACACAGCUCCAGGCUUGCAUGCCCUCUUGCCCCUUUAUGGUGUAGGAGCCUUGGAAAGCACAGCAAACCUGAUGUUGGCAAGGAGAGGUGCCCCAUUUACUGGAAGGUGGCUGUUGUGAGGUGUGCUGGUGUGCAGCAUCAGCCCUUCUGUGUGCCUGCCUUUUAGGUGAAAGGAGAACUGUGUUUCCAGCCCUGCUGGCCCUGUGAACAGCUCUGUGCUGUCCCUCACCUCCCUCCAGCAGAGCAGAUCCAAGUGCUUUUGGAAUAACUGGAUAUCUAAAGUCCUGGGCCUGGGACCAGCGUGUGGUUUAGUUCCUGCUGUUUCUCACCAUGCUUGCUCCUUCAUCUGCAGUAAAUCCCUGCAGGAGCUGGGCAGUCCUGUCCCCUCUGUCUCCUGACAGAGGUGUCACAGCAAGUGUCACACACAGCAAUAGUCAGCCCAGGGCAGUCUGAUCCAUGGGGCAUUGAGCACAGGGAGAAGACAAAGCAUGACAAACAAGCAGAUAUCCUCUGCUUCUGCAGAGCUUUGUUUAACUUCUGUUUUGUUUAGUUUAGUUUUGCUUUUGAAGCACAAAGAGUGCUUGUCCAGCUGGAGAGCUGUUGUCCUGGCUGUGCAGGGAGCUCUGUCACUCUUGCUGCUGCCCUUAGCUUGGCCCAACAACCAGAUUGUGGGUAGGAGUUGCAGAAGUGAGAACUGGCACGUCUGUGAAGUUGCUCUAAAAUAAGAUGAUUGCUUCACCUGUAUCCAUCAAUCUCUUGUGGAAGGGAAGAGCACCAGGCUGCUCCCAGCAGUCUCUGACAUGCAGGUCAUCUCGUCUGCUGGUAGGCAGGAGCCCCCCUUGGCCGAGUGAGGCAGCAUGGCAAUGUUCUUGGGAGCCAGGAAUGCCCACUCGCUCCUGAAACGCUUUCCCAGAGCCAAUGGCUUCCUGGAGGAGAUCCGGCAGGGCACCAUCGAGCGGGAGUGCGUCGAGGAGGUCUGCAGCUAUGAGGAGGUCAAGGAGGUGUUUGAGAACAAGGAGAAGACGAUGGAGUUCUGGAAAGGCUACACCAGCUCUGUGUACUCUGUCAAGGACCCCGGGCACAGCACGGAGCGCUCUGACGCUAUGUACGUGGUGGUGCCCCUCUUGGGAGUGGCUCUUCUCAUAGUCAUCGCCCUCUUCAUCAUCUGGAGGUGCCAGCUGCAAAAGGCCACCCGCCACCGCCCUUCCUACGCCCAGAACCGUUACCUGGCCAGCCGGACGGGCCGCAGCCUCCCCAGGGUCAUGGUGUACCGGGAGCGGUCGCAGAGCCAAGGGGAGACCCAGUACCAGCGGGAAGCCAGCAGCCGGGGGGCUGGGGAUGCCAGAGCCGGGGGCACCCCCCAGCCAGAGGGCACCCUGUGCCCGCCAGAGCAUUCUGUCUCCGUCCUCUCCAGACUGUCCAGUGCCACGCCCCCGCCUUCCUACGAGGAGGUGACGGGCCACCCGGAGAGCAGCAGCGGCGAGGAGACCAGCGUCUCCUACAAUGACCCUCCGCCCAAGUACGAAGAGAUCGUGGCCACGGCCCCUGCCGCGGCCAAAUAGCGGGUCUGCCUCCCUCCUGCCUCGUCACACACUCACACUCACCCAGCCACCCUCCCCUCGCCAUGCCUGGGACCCCCUUCAGGUGUUCGUCAGGCCCCCGUCUCACCUGUACAAUCUGGUGCCAUCACACAAUAGCCUUACCCUCCUAACCAAAAAUAGCUGUCCCCAGGUGGGGUGAGGCAGGGCUGUGGCAUGGCUCUGGAGCCAGCCAGCCAUCUCCUGCCCCUCACUCCCCGCUCACGUAAGUGCUGUAGCAGCCAGGGCCGAGCAGCAGCUUGUUCCUGGCUCAAUGUGGGGGGUCACCCCGUGGUGCAUUUGAUUUCCUCACUUCCCCCUCAAACAGACAUGACAUUUCCCACGAUUAGAGCAGCCUUGCUGCCUCCCUGGGCUGCUGCUCAGCCUCACCCCAUGUCCUCCCUGGGCCCUGUUCUACUGCUCAGGGCUCUGAUUAGGUGAUGGAGAUGCAGGAUUGGUGUGGCAAGUUUUUGUCCAUCCCUGCAGUUGGUGGGGCCAGCUCUGUGGGGAGAUGGUGCCUCCUCCAUGCGGAUUUGUUGCCGAGUGGGAGGGGGGAGCCCGGUCCACACGGCGGUGUUUGUAGUGAUAUUUGCUGUGUGGAGACCAGGGAGGAGCAGCUAGAAGGCGCUCUCUGAUCUCCUAGAUCUCUUUGGAAAGGGAGAAAGGGCUUGUGGUGGUCUUGUACUUGAGGUAAGUGACUUUGGAGUAGCAGGGCCUUUUCCUGAUGCUCUCUGCUUUCCCCCUGUGGGUGCUGAGCAGCUGGAGGUCUGGCUGCUGAAGAGCUGGCCAAGGGGGUCCUCUCUGACCCGGACCCAAAUGUGGUCUCGUGGCUUUAAGUGAUGGGGAUUCAGCUCUCUCCUGGAGCGUGGUCUGUCUGGUGUCUGCCCCAGAGGCGAGAGAGAGCCUGCAGACAGGCCAAACCUCCCCUCUCCCUACCCUAAACCUCUCUGCCCUGCCUGGCUCCUCUCUUUGGGGCUUUUUGUCUUCCAGAGCAGGUACAGUGGAAUGCGAGACCCCACUCUCCUCCUGAGCUCUCAGGUGGGCUGAGUGUUUGGUGUCCAGGGCUGUGGCAUGGAACUCCUGCUGACAGGAACCACAAGACCACAGACCGUGCCUUGACAGUCAGGAGCAGGGCCAAGCCUGCUCAGGUGGUUGUGUUGCCAGGGCAGGGCAGAGCCAGGUGCUUUGCUGUGGGAUCAGUGUCCCCUUUCCCUGGGCAGCUGCCUGUAGGGUCCAGGCAACGGGGCUGUCCUUCCCCAGUCAUGUCUGAUGGAUUAAUACAAGGGUUGUCCUCCAACCCCCCCAGAAGCAGCCCAGAAGCUCCCAGCACUGCCAGCACCCGGUGUUCACCCAGCACCAGCCUCUCCACCAGCACCAAAAGGCUAUUGUUCAUCCAUCAGUGGCCUGCAUCCCGCCCGGCCCCAGUGAUGCCCUCGCAGCUGGUGCCCUCAGCCCAGAGCUGAGGCCUGCCCAGCGUGGCUGCUCUCGGGGCAGGACAUGCUGGCACCUCGCCUGUCCCCUGCCUAGCCUUAGCAGGUCGGGGUUAUGGGGAGAACUGACAGUGUCAGGGCCAGAGCUAGAGAGCACCGGAGGGAAACACAAGGGUGCUCCGCAUCCUCUGUCUUUGAUGCUCGGUCAUUAUCCCUGCAGUUUGUAUUCUGUAAGACUUGGUAUAUUUCUGUGCAAAAACGAAAAGGGAUUUAUUAAAAAACCCUCACGGUC